AUGGCUGACGCGCCGAAUGCGAAUGAUGAGCUCUACCCCAUCGCCGUGCUCAUCGACGAGCUCAAGCACGACGAUGUAAUCCUCCGUCUCAAUGCAAUCCGACGCCUCUCCACCAUCGCCCUGGCCUUGGGCGCCGAGCGCACUCGGGAGGAAUUGAUUCCCUUCCUCGAUGAGUCUGUCGAGGAUGAGGACGAGGUCUUAGUUGCGCUGAGCGAGGAGCUCGGCAACUUCAUCGAGUAUGUCGGCGGACCUCAAUGGGGUCACGUCCUGCUGUCUCCCCUGGAGAACCUCGCUGCAAUCGAGGAGCCCGUCGUCCGAGACAAGGCCGUCGAGUCUCUCAACAAAAUCUGCGCCGAUCUCUCCACGCAGCAAGUCGAAGAAUACUUCAUCCCCUUAACGAUCCGACUCUCCAAAGCCGACUGGUUCACGUCAAAGGUGUCGGGAUGCGGGCUCUACACCAGUCCCUACCAGAAGGUGUCACCACCUAUGCAGCAACAACUUCGCCAGCAGUUUGGGCAGCUCGUCCACGACGAAACCCCCAUGGUGCGCCGCCAGGCCGCCACCAAUCUCUCAAAGUUCGUGAAAGAGAUGCCAGCUUCGAUUGUUGUGGAGGAAAUGAUACCCAUGUUUCAACAUCUUGCGCAGGACGACCAGGACAGCGUGCGCCUGUUGACAGUUGAGGUGCUUAUUGCCGUUGCCGAAGUCGUUCCCAAGGAACAACAGUCAAGUCACGGCGUCCUGCUCACCUCUCUUCGGAGCCUCAUAGAAGACAAGAGCUGGCGGGUCAGGUACAUGAUUGCAGAUCGGUUUGAGAAGAUCGCCAAAGCAGUCGAUGAGGAGGUUGUAGCAAGGGACCUGGUGCCGUCAUUUGUGAAGCUUCUCAAGGACAAUGAGGCUGAGGUGCGGACGGCAAUCGCAGGACAGAUCCCAGGAUUCUGUGCUCUAGUUGAGCGGACAACCUUGCUCAACGAUAUCAUGGGCAGCGUUGAGGAUUUGGUCUCCGACAGCUCUCAGCAUGUCCGUGCCGCUCUUGGUACUCAGAUCAGUGGGCUCGCCCCCAUACUGGGCAAGCAAGAGACCAUUGAUCAUCUCUUGCCCAUGUUCCUCCAGAUGCUCAAGGAUGAGUUUCCCGAGGUUCGCCUUCAUAUCAUUUCGAAGCUUGAACUCGUCAACCAAGUCAUCGGAAUUGAUCUUCUGUCACAAUCGCUGCUACCUGCAAUUGUGCAGCUAGCUGAGGACAAGCAAUGGCGUGUCCGCUUGGCUAUUAUCGAGUACAUCCCGUUGCUGGCGAGCCAGCUGGGUGUUAAGUUCUUCGACGAGAAGCUGAGUGCCCUCUGUAUGGGCUGGCUGGGUGACACCGUCUUCUCCAUUCGUGAGGCGGCAACACACAAUCUGAAGAAGCUGACAGAGGUCUUUGGCGUCGAUUGGGCGAGCGAGGCAAUUAUUCCCAAGGUGAUGGCUAUGGGCAAUCACCCGAAUUAUCUCUACAGAAUGACGACCUGUUUCGCCAUUACGACACUGGCAACUGUUGUGAGCAUGGAUGUCAUUGCCAAGUCAAUCCUGCCCAUGCUUGACAAGCUGGUUGUGGACGACAUUCCCAACAUCCGGUUCAACGUCGCGAAGACGUAUGCGGUGCUCAUCGAUGUCCUCCAACGCCUGCCCGACGAGGGUACCGUCUACCAGCUCGAGAAGUCUGGAGAGACGAAGACACCGUCUCCACAGGGCCAGGAGCUUAUCCAGUCAAAGGUGAUUCCGAGUCUGGAAAAGCUGCAGAAGGACGACGAUGUGGAUGUCCGUUAUUUCGCCACGACAGCCGCCGCGGUCGUGACAGGGUCAGGAGGGGAGCCUAUGAACACCUCUCCUUAG